CUGGGAAUCGAAACUCCUGGGUGUGGGAGCGCUGCUCCGCGGCGGGGCAGAGGCCGUCUCGGAGGCCCUGCAGCCGGACCCAGGCCACCGGCGCCGCUCAGGCCGUGCGGCGCCUUCGAGCCCAGGGCGCGGCCCCGGCCACCAUGGCCCUCCCCCAGCUCCUCUGCCUGUGGCUGCUGGUCGUAGGGACUCAAGGCGUGAGCGAUGGCGACAUGCGGCUGGCCAGCGGGGACGCCCCCAACGAGGGCCGCGUGGAGAUCUUCUACGGAGGCCGGUGGGGCACCGUGUGCGACAACCUGUGGGACCUGGUGGACGCCGGCGUCGUCUGCCGCGCCCUGGGGUUCGCCAACGCCACCGAGGCCCUGGGCGGGGCCGCCUUUGGGCCAGGGACCGGCCCCGUCAUGCUGGACGAGGUGCAGUGCUCGGGGACCGAGCCCUCGCUGGCCAACUGCUCGUCCCUGGGCUGGAUGCAGAGCAAGUGCCAGCACAGCAAGGACGCCGGCGUCAUCUGCAGCAACGAGACCGGAGGCGCCCACACGCUGGACCUGUCGGCGGCGCUGCCCGCGGCCCUGGCGCAGAUCUUCGACGGCCAGCGCGGCUGCGACCUGACCGUGGCCGUGAAGGCGGAGGGCGCCGAGCCGCUGAGCCUGUGCGCCCACAGCCUCAUCCUGGCCAGCAACCCCGAGGCCCAGGCCCUGUGGGCGGAGCCGGGCAGCUCGGUCACCAUGGAGGUGGACGCUGAGUGCCUGCCCGUGGUCAUGGACUUCAUCAGGUACUUCUACUCCCGGCGGAUCGACGUGUCCCUGCGCAGCGUGAAGUGCUUCCACCGGCUGGCCUCGGCCUUCGGGGCGCGGCAGCUGCAGGCCUACUGCGCGGGCCUCUUUGUCUUCCUGCUGCCCCAGGACCUGUCCUUCCGGACAGCCCUGGACCUCCACGCCUACGCGCUGGCCACGCGGGACCCCGCGCUGGAGGAGCUGUGCGUGCGGUUCCUGGCCUGGAACUUCGAGGCGCUGACGGCGGCCGAGGCCUGGGCGCACGUGCCCACGGCCCUGCUCCGCGCCCUGCUCUCCCGGGACGAGCUGGCCGUGCCCAGCGAGCUGGCCCUGCUGACGGCCCUGGACGCCUGGAGCCGGGAGCGGGGGGCCGCGCCGGGGGACGCGGAGGGCCUGUUGCGGGAGGUCCGCUUCCCCAUGAUUUCCCCCGAGGAGCUCUUCCAGCUGCAGGGCAGCCUGGGCCUGUACCGCGGCCACCGGGCGCUGAUCCGGGAGCGGACCCUGCAGGCGCUGGAGUUCCACACGGUGCCCCUGCCGCUGCUGGCCCAGCUCCUCGGCCGGAACCUCAGCCAGGAGGCCUACCGGCCCCGGCUCUACACCGCGCCCACCUGGAGCUGGGUGGUGGACAAGAGCGCCCGCGCCCCGGCCCCCGCCCGCCGCGCCCCUUACGCCGCGCACCGCUACCCCUACCGCUACGACUACGGCCCUUACGGCCGCUACUUCCCCACGGCCGCGCCCACGGGGUCCUUCCAGACGCCACCGCACCCCAGCUUCCUCUUCCGGGACAGCCGCGUCUCCUGGACCCUCGUCUACCUGCCCACGGUCCAGGCCUGCUGGGACCACGGGUUCUCCUGCUCCUCCGACGAGGUGCCGGUGCUGGGCCUCUCCCGGUCCGGCUCCUCCGACCCCACCAUCGGCUACGCCAACAGGGCCCUGAUGCUCUGUGGGGGCCGCUUCGUGGCCGACGUCACGAGCUUCGAGGACGGGAAGGCCCCGGUUCCCGGCGCCCUGGGCGCCAACGGCUCCCGGAGGGCCUCCUUCUUCCCCUGCCCCGAGGGCUCCUUCAGCAGCUUCCGGGGGGUCAUCCGCCCCUUCUACCUGACCAACUCCUCGGGGGUGGACUAGCCAGGGCCGCCCUCCCCCAGGGCCGCCCUCCCCCAGGGCGCCCUCCCCCAGGGCCGCCCUCCCCCAGGGGCGCCCCAGUGGGCGCUGGGCCGGCUCCUUCCUCUCCGCAAGCAGCCACCUCCACCCGGGCCUCCAGGUGUCCCCCUGCUCCCGCCCGCCUCUCUGAGCUGAAAGAAAAGGAAGCGCCAGAAGGUUCAGCAGGGCUCACCCAGCCGAGCAUCCCUAGUCCCGCUGCCACUGCCCGCUGGUCGGGAGGCGGAGACGUGGGCCUCUCGGCCUGCCGCCCUCUGGCUCAGUCCCACUCAGCCCCGUCGGUGAUUAAAGUGCUCAGCAGGGCCAAAACCGGUUUGGCUCAGUGGUAGAGCGUCGGUCUGCGGACUGAAAGGUCCCAGGUUCGAUUCCGGUCAAGGGCAUGUACCUUGGUUGCGGGCAUA